AUGGGCCUCAUCGACAGAAUCAAGGCAAAAAUGGAAAUCCGCCGGCUGGAGCAACGCUACACCCGGCGAGAAAAACGCAGCACCUUCAUCUCGGGAGCGCAAUACGUCGAUGGCGAAUACGUCUACAACCACAACACGGGAGGAAGCAGUAGUGCAAAUUCCUCCAGCAGUAUUGGAAGC